AUCCCCAAACGGAGGAGCGCACACCAACCGCGCCAAAACCCUAGCGAAGACGAUAAGAAAUGUUCUCCCGCUCGCUCCUCGAUCGACGAUGGAACAGCGGAAAGAAUGCGUACGGCUUCUUCCCAUGUGAUUCCUCACCUUCUCCGCUACAAGAAUGGCUCGACCUCGUUAUCGAACCAUCCUCAGGGCCCCCAAUGCCGCCGCGCCGGCCGAGGGAUCCUGCCGUCGGGCUCGCGCCCGAGGCUGAUCCGAUGGACUUCAUCGACGCAGUCUUAGAUGGUCUCGGUGAUGACUUCUGCGGCCAGCCGGGGCCGCCGGAGGUGCCUGCCGAGACGAGGUACAAGUCGAAGAACCUGGAUGCUGAGCGGAGGAGGAGGAACAAGCUCAACGCGAAGCUCCUUGCUCUCAGAGCUCUCGUUCCUAACAUCACAAAGAUGAGCAAAGAAUCGACUCUUACAGAUGCCAUAAGCUACAUCAAGCAGCUCCAGCAGCAGGUGCUAGAACUGCAGAUCGAGCUCUCCAAGAUCCCAGAUGAGGAUGGUGAGAAGCAGGGAAGUGCAUCAAGCACAGAGACCAUGGCUCCAUUGGAGACAGUCCAACUGCAGGGAAAAGUUGAAUUGAACCCAAUUGGCAAAACCAAGUACCACCUUGAGAUGAUCUACAAGAACAUUACGGGCGCAUUCACCAGAUUGUUGGAAGCCUUGCACAGAAUGGGUGCUGAAGUGACUACCGUCAGCUCUGUGGCCUUCUCUGGUUUUUCGGAGACAGUCUUCUGCUUAGAGGUGAAAGAUGAAGGAGUGAUUCACAUGACUGAGUUACGACAGCAGCUUUUGGCCAUUGUUUUGAACCUCAACUGCACAAUAUGAUAGAGGGCAUAGCUUUCACGCAAUCUAUAGGACAUUUGAAGAUUAUAAUAACAAGUGCUAAUCAGUCUUUGUCAAGCAAUUAAUAGAUGUUUGAAAAUAUAUAAUAUAUUUUCAACAAAUGUACCUAGAUUUACCAUAGAAAGAAAUGAAAACAUUCAUUGAAGGCAUGUCUUAUGGAACAAACUUAUUCAUGUUUAACGAAGGGAUACUUGGCUAAAAGGCCUCCAAUGGUCAGAAACACAAAAUCUGCAGUAUUAUCCAUUUUGCUAUAAUGUGAUCAUACCAUAUUCUAAAUUGCAGCAAUUUUUUUUUUUGAACAUUAUAUCAUGAUUUGUUUUCCACCCAGUCAAAAUUUCAGUCCCAUCACUGCAGGAAGAGCCUUCUAUU